UCAGCUUGGAUUUCUGUUGGUCAGUAGUGAAGUUGUGGUUUGGAGAUUUUAGUGUCAGUGCUGGAUCAUGUAUGGGUUCUGUGGGUUUCUGUGGUUCACGGUGAGCGUCCUCCUGGUCUUCACUGCGGCUGACGUGGUGCCUAACUUCCAGAAUGAGCCGGAUUGUAUAAAGUUCUUCUACAAAAAUAACGUGCCACAGUAUGGAUCAGCUACACCAGGUGCUGCCAGGCUCUGCCAGCGUUUCCAGAACACGUUUCACUUUGCCACGCUGUACGAUACAUACAAGCGCAUCGCUGUCUACUCCGCCUACAUCUUCGGGCCCAGUAACGGCGGCGGCAGGGAGACGCGCUGGUUUGUGGAGCCGCAGCUGGUGAAUCAGAACUGGGCCGGUGAGAUGCGGGACGGGUAUUAUCUGGGGCUGGAUUAUCCCGGUGUGUACCAGGGUGAGCGUCAGGCCCUGAACGAAGACUACACCAACUCAGGGUUUGACCGAGGCCACCUCAAUCCCAACGGACAUCAUGCAGUCCCGAGCCGUAACGCCACAUUCACCCUCACUAAUAUUGUGCCACAAAACCCAAAACUUAACCAGAAUGCCUGGGCUAAUCACGAGUCCAAACUGGCUAGCAUGUUCAAGUCUCAGUGCGACAAGGCCUACGUACUGGUUGGUGCCAUCCCCUCUGCCAACAACUGGAUCAUCAAGAAUAACGUCCAACGGGUCAACAUCCCAGAGUACGUGUGGAACGCCUACUGCUGCACCGACAACAACGGCCGUCCGGUUAGCAGCGGAGCAGCAAUUGCCCUCAACACAGACCAGAAUUUAGUUGAGGAGUACACUCUGAGUAAGCUGGUUCAGUUCCUUCAGAAAUACUCCAACACUCCAGUAGGGGAGCUGUUCUACAACCAGUGCCAGUAACAGAAUGUAUUAUUAAUUCUUAAAUCAGCUAUUAAAGAUACACAUCACAUAUAACAUCAUGAACUUGAAGAUGCAGCAUGUUCUGUAAAAACUGUUCAAGAUUCAAAAACACAAUAAAAAAAAAGCAUAUCCAA